AUGCAGGGCGUCGUCGGGAUGGUCACGACGAUCCGCGUCGGCCACUCCAAGCGGCGGGACGGCACGCGCAUCGGCAUGCAGAGCUUCUUCGGGAAUGGCUUGACGAGCAGCAAAAGCCACGCGAGGCGGCAAAGCGGCACGAGCAUCAUGAUGCGCCACUCCGUGGGGAUGGUCGGGGCGAGCCGCAGCAGCCACUCCAGGCGGCGGGACGGCACGUGCAGCAACGUGCAGAGCUUCUUCGUAGUUGUCGUGGUGUGCAGCGCUAGCCACACCAGGCGGCGGAACGGCGCGAGCAGGAAGCAGAGCUGCUUCGGGAUGGUCGAGACGAGCCACGUCAGCCACUCCAGGCAGCAGGACGGCACGAGCCACAUCAUGCAGCUUUUCUGGGGGACGGACGGGGCGAGCAGCGACAACCGCUCCUGGCUGUGGGGCGGCGCGAGCAACAUCAUGCAGUCUCCUGUGGAUAGUCAGGCUCUCCAGUCCCAGCAACCUUGGAUGUCCUGGAGUGGGUGGAACUCGGAGGGCCCGUCAUAG